AUGGUUUCAAUUGAACUUAAUAACUUGACUUAUGAAAUUCAAUUCAUUGAAUCUGAUUCAAAAACAUUUCCAAAUGAUUACGCAAAAUUAUCGUUGAAAAUUAUCGACAAAUCAAAGAAAAAUGUCACAAAAUUCUUCAACCCUCAAGACUAUUUUGUCGAGCUUGAAAUCUUGGAUAACCCAGAACAAACAGAUUCUUACUUGAAAACCAAAGAUGCUCCUGCUGUUUUAACUGAAACCGAAAAUGAAAACUAUUUUGUAUUUGAUUUCACAAAAUUUUCUUUUGAAAAAUUAAAUCAAAAAAUUUCCUUAAAAUUUAAACUAUUCGAAAAGAAUAGAACUUCUAUUAUCACUCAAAUAACUAAAUUGUUUUUCAACGUUGCUGAAUCAAAAGAAAUUACUUCUCUUACCACCAAAGAAUUUAUCACCAAAAGUAUUUGA